GAACGCAAGGCUUUGUAUGCCUCGACGAGACAACACAUCCUUUGGCAUUUUUGUUCCUUAAAUCCUCUGCAGUUCUUCAUAAUUCUGGGGCACAGGGACCUAUAUAUGAGCCACUCGAACCACAAUAGGGACUGCCAUUUGGUCGCCUACAGUGGACUUUCCAUCGAUUCGGUUUGCUGUUUGUGCCAGCUCGCCAAGAGAUGAGAAUGUAUUCUCAAAGCAAGUGUAUUGGCACAGAAUACCCUCGUGUCAAGACGAGUUAAGUUUUCAUCUAUUCUGAGCUCCUCAAAUCCGAGCACAAGACGAACAAUCGCUCCUUUCAGGUCCCACAUAUUUUCAGGAACAGGAACUCGCCUGCCAUCCUAUGGUGCUUCCAGCUUUACACGGCCCGCUGGCUGGUUGGUCUCAACCUCUCCCUAGACAUCAGCACGAGCCUCUGAAAGUAGCAAGAAGGGCAGAGGAACGGCUGCUGAUCUUGGGUGGAGGUGUCAUUGGUGUCUCGGUGGCCUACCACUUGGCCCAGCGUGGCAAACGGGUGACGUUAGUGGAUCAUGCUGGCUUAGCCAGCUGUGCUAGUGGCAAAGCAGGGGGCUUCUUGGCAAAGACUUGGAACGACAGGACACCCCUGAAGCAGCUGUCGCAGAAGAGCUUCGACAUGCAUGCGGAUCUUGCGGUGAAGUUGAAGCUGAAGUCAUAUCGGCGCUUGCGUUGCAAGUCAGUCACAGUGCAGGGUGUGAAGCCACCUGUCAGGAAGCUGGAGCACUUGGAAUGGGUUGAAGAUGCAGUUGAUGAGCGACACAUGGGUGACGAAGCAACCAUCGCACAAGUCCAUCCGAGGGAGUUGACAGAGGCCAUGUGGAAGGUUUGUGAGGAAGUUGGUUCGAACUUUGUUUUGGGCACGGUGAAUGAGUUGAUCACGGAAACUGCAGGGUCUGAACAGAAAGUGCUUGGUGCCUUUGUUAACAGUCAGCCCAUGCAGGCCGACAAAGUGGUAUGCUGCAUGGGCCCUUGGUCCCAAAUUCUUGGAAUGAUUUUGCCUCGCAUGAAGAUCUACGGCCAGAAGUGCCACAGUGUUUUGCUGCAGGGUGAACGUGUGCUGUCCGAGGCGGUCUUCUUCAAAGGUCUUGGAAAUCCAGAGGUCUAUCCCCGCAACGACGGCGAGAACUACGUGACGGGCUUCCCUGAUCCCGUGACGCUCGUCACCGAGCCACCCGGCAACGUCCAAGUCCGUCGAGAGGUCUGUAAGCGCCUGGUCGCCAGUGUUCGUGAGGUCUCACCUGAGAUGCAAAGAGCUCAGGUGACAGGGGAACAGUCUUGCUAUUUGCCAUUAACCGCUGAUACAUUUCCGGCCAUUGGUCCACUUCCACAAUACAAGGGUGGUUAUCUUUCCGUGGGCCAUGGGUGUUGGGGGAUUCUGAAUAGUUUAGCCAGUGGCUUGGCGAUGACUGAGCUCAUCUUGGAUGGUAAGGCAACAUCUGUGGACAUUGAAUGCUUUGAUCCAGAAAGACUCUUGAGUGUGGAUGACCCUGAGUGGGCUCCUGGCUGAACCUUUCCUCACUUUGGAUGGCGAAGUCUGCAGUUUCUGCAGUUGGCUCACAGUCACUUGCUGUUGUCGCCUGCAGCGACGUCAGCAGAGUUCCAUUUUCCUGAAAUAGUGCAGAUUCUAGACUUGGUCGUGAUGUCGCAACCUUUCUCGACUCGUGUCGAAUGCAUCGCACAGUUGUUGAUGGCCCAAAGUGGCAUCGACCAAGGAGGAAGCGGUUCGAGUGUGGGUUUUGAGUGUGCGAGGGUAC